ACUCUGGGAGUUGGUGAUGGACAGAGAGGCCUGGUGUGCCGUGGUCCAUAGGGUCGCAAAUAGUCGGGCACGACUGAGCGACUGAACUGAACUGACUGAAUUUCCUUCCCAUCAUUUAGGUACAGAGGGAAAGACUCUUGUCUUCUUCAACUCAAUGAAUUUUCUUUCAAGGACAGAUCACCCACAAGAUGGGAGAAGAGAAACAUAAGAGAUUUUAGGAUUAGGACUCAUCCUUAAAUGGUUACGGUGCUGCGUGUUUUUAUUUUUAUGUAUGUGGACUUUUGUUAGAAGAAACCCAAAGCUUCCUAGAAUAUAAAUACCAAGUACAACUUUCACCUGGAACACAAACCCCUCAGCAUCUUUUAACUUCCCUUCUCUGCUCGCCUGUCUGCAUCAUAGACUUCCUGGAUCAGAAAACUGUCAAGAACAAGGACCUCAGUCUUACUCUUAAAAAGAGCAUCACCAGGCUUCCUGGGUGCUGAGUUCCAGGGCUUCAUCUCCUUUCCUCAGGUUAAGCCGUUGCACUGUGCUCGGAGGAGCUUGGUUAACAGAGUAAAAGUAGGAACGUCCCCAACCACUGAGCAGGGGACAGACCCCUCACAUCGCACAGCCCAUGGCGCGGGACCUGUGGUUAUGGGGCGUAGUACCGGGGGAGAUGGUGAGUGCGCGUCAGUGAUGAAGGGCUGAAAAGCAGGAGGCUGAAAGAUCAAAUCCACAUUUUUAGAGAAGAAAACAGGGGGGCAGAAGUCCAAACAGCAACAGCCCCAAAUUCCACGGGUGUGUCGUCAGAGCACCCUCCAUCCAAUCGGCAGUCUGAUCGUCAUCAGCUGAUCCACAGCUGAUCAUCAUCACCCCAACAUCGAGGGCAUCCCGACUAUCUAGUGAAGCCCUGAAGAGACCACUUUGAGUUCUCUGAUAGCUGGAGAUGAAUUUGUAACGUUCCCGGGCUCUGUGUGUGCUGGGAAGGAGCUGGCAUCGGGGUGGGGAAGGCUACCCUCGUGCCUCGAGACGUGACUGAUGCCAAGAAAUGAAAUCGCCGAGGCUUUGAAAGGCUUCCAAGAACGUCGGCAUGUACUGCCUACCCGCUCCCCGCCGAAUGCCUACUUUGGCUGUCUGCUGAGUACUGAAAGUGCCAGACGGGCCUUCACACAAAGAGAGAAAGUGUCUGGGGCCCAUGAAAGGGGAAGGCAGAGCCUUUCCGAUGUGAAUGAAUCUUAUGGCCCGAGCCUUGUACGACAAUGUCCCGGAGUGUGCCGAGGAGCUGGCUUUCCGCAAGGGAGACAUCCUGACUGUCAUCGAGCAGAACACGGGGGGACUGGAGGGAUGGUGGCUCUGCUCCUUACACGGCAGGCAGGGCAUUGUCCCCGGCAACCGGGUGAAGCUUCUGAUUGGCCCCGUGCAGGAGACCUCCUCCAAUCAGGACCUGCCCACGUCGGGACUGGGGCCGCCGCCCUUUGGCCAACAGAAGCUCUAUCAAAUACCAAACCCACAGGGCACCCCUCGAGACAGCAUCUACCAAGUGCCGCCCUCCUACCAAAAUCAGGGAAUUUACCAAGUCCCCACCGGCCAUGGGACCCAGGAACAAGAUGUGUAUCAGGUGCCACCUUCAGGGCAGAGAGGCGCUGGGGGCGCUAACGGUCCCCACCUAAGUAAAAAGGUGAUCACGCCGGUGAGGACAAGCCACGGCUAUGUGUACGAGUACCCGACCAGAUACCAAAAGGACGUCUACGAUGUCCCUCCUUUCCAGACGGCUCACGGGGUGUACGACAUCCCGCCGUCCUCUGUGAAGGGCCCCAUGUUUUCUGUCCCAGUGGGAGAAAUAAAGCCUCAAGGAGUCUAUGACAUCCCUCCUAGCAAAGGGGGAUAUUCCACUCCACCCUCCGGCUACAGAGACGAGGCCGGGCUCCGGGAGAAAGAGUACGACUUCCCGCCUCCGCUGAGACAAGCGGGCAGGCCCGAGGGCGUCUAUGACAUCCCCCCGACGGGCACCAAGCCCCUGGGGAAGGACCUGCACCCUAAGUACAACGGCGACGCCCCCGGAGCUGCCGAGCUGGCCCCGCGGAGACACGGGGGCGCGUCCCUGACCCAGCCAGCCCCCCAGCCGGCCCCACCCGUGGGCUCCCAGAACAACGAUGCCUACGACAUCCCCCGGGGCGUCCAGUUUCUGGAUGCGCCAGCAGAGACCAGCGAGAAGGCCAGCCCGGAAGAGAGGGACGGGGUGUACGACGUGCCGCUGCACCAGCCGCCGGAAGCCAAGGGCCCCGCGGACGUGGUGGACGGCAUCAACCGGCUGUCCUUCUCCAGCACGGGCAGCACGCGGAGCACCAUGUCCACGUCCUCCACCACCUCCAAGGAGUCCUCGCUGUCCACCUCCCCGGCGCAGGACAGGAGGCUCCUGCUGGACCCUGACGCAGCCCUCGAGCGCCUGCUCCGGCUGCAGCAAGCCCUGGACGGGGCCGUCUCCAGCCUGAUGGCGCUGGUCACCACGGACUGGCGGAGCUACGGCUACAUGGAGCGGCACGUCAACGGGGUCCGCGCCGCCGCGGACAGGGUGGAGCUGGCCCUCAGGGACUACCUGCACUUCGCGCAGGGCGCCGCGGCCAACGCCGCCUGCCUCCCCGAGCUUGUCCUCCACCACAAGGUGAAGCGCGAGCUCCAGCGGCUGGAGGACUCCCACCAGAUCCUGGGCCAGACCAGCCACGAGCUGAGCGAGUGCGGCUGGUCCCUGAACGUCCUGGCCGUCCACAAGCCCCACAACAAGUGGGACAGCCUGGACCGCUUCGUGAUGGUGGCCAAGACCGUGCCGGACGACGCCAAGCAGCUCACCACGACCAUCAGCACCAACGCCGAGGCCCUCUUCAGAGCCGGCCCCGGGAAGGGCGGGCCGGAGAGCAUCACGAACUCCACCGAGUACACGCCCGCCGGCUCCCCGGGCCAGCUGCUGCCCCCCGGGGACCACAAGGCCCCCGCCCUCAACAAGCCACUGCCCCCCAGCCUGGGCAAGGAGCAGCCCCCCGACUGUAGCAGCAGCGAUGGUUCGGAAAGGAGCUGGAUGGAUGACUAUGAUUACGUCCACCUGCAGGGGAAGGAGGAGUUCGAGAGGCAACAGAAAGAGCUCUUGGAAAAAGAAAAUAUCAUCAAACAGAAUAAGAUGCAGCUGGAACAUCAUCAGCUGAGUCAGUUCCAGCUGCUGGAACAGGAAAUCACGAAGCCCGUGGAGAACGACAUCUCCAAGUGGAAGCCGUCCCAGAGCCUCCCGACCACCAGCAGCGGCGUGAGCACUCAGGACCGGCAGCUCCUGUGCUUCUACUAUGACCAGUGCGAGACCCAUUACAUCUCCCUGCUCAACGCCAUCGACGCGCUCUUCAGCUGCCUCAGCUCGGCGCAGCCUCCCAGGAUCUUCGUGGCCCACAGCAAGUUUGUCAUCCUCAGCGCCCACAAACUGGUGUUCAUCGGAGACACGCUGACCCGGCAGGUGGCCGCCCAGGACGUUCGCAACAAAGUGAUGAACGCCAGCAACCAGCUCUGCGAGCAGCUCAAGACUAUAGUUUUGGCCACCAAGACGGCCGCGCUCCACUACCCCAGCACCCCCGCCCUGCAGGAGAUGGUCCACCAGGUGACCGACCUGUCCAGGAACGCACAGCUCUUCAAGCGCUCUCUGCUGGAGAUGGCCACGUUCUGAGCGGAGAAGCGGGAGAGGGAGCACUGCCUUGGGGUACUGAGGGAAACUGGAAAAUACUCUCUGGUUUUUGUAAAUCUUGUCUAUUUUUGUAGAUAUUUUUGUAUAAAAGUGAGAGACUUUAACAUUUGAGGGGUUAGAUGGCAUUCAGAAAUUCAGGGAACUCCAGGGGGCAGGUGGCUUUUUUCCCCCGUGUGGUUCUUAUGUACACACGUCAGCACCUGAGACACAAACUGUACAGAAUCUUGUCCACGUGUGUGUGACUACCUGUUCAUGUUCGUUAGUAGAUGUUUGUCUGAUACAUUCCAUUAAGAAUCAUGAGUUAAGAAGCACCUUAGGAAGCACCUCCCAAUGCUGCAUUUUCUUUUUAGAAAAGACCUACCAGCUGGUUGUAAUAUUGGUCUACACAUACUCAUGAUUGUUCUGAGCCUGUUGCUCCCAAGUCUGAGACACAUAGCGAUGUAUUUGCAAGUGUUCACCUUCCAUAAGGAGGCGGGUUAACACCUUGUUUUCCUUUUUGAAAGCCCUUCCAAAAUUGGCCGUCUCGGGCAUGCUAUUGCAAGAUGCCUCACUUCUGGUUGGGAAAAAAACCCUCUUAGAAAGUUUCAGAAAGUAUUGAUAUAUCUUAACCCAAACUCUGACACAUUAAGUGCCAGAGGAGAGACACGUGUAUUUUGAGGCUGUAUCCCGAUUAGGGCUGGGUGGUUUCAACAUAGAGGGGAUGCUGUCCCAAUAAAAGGAGACCACGUGUUCCCCAAAGGUUUUCUUUGAUGGCUCCACCAGGUGGCAUGUGGGAUCUUAGACCAGACCAGGGGUGGAACCCAUGCCCCACGGAACUCCCCCAUUGGAAGUUCAGAGUCUUUAACCACUGGGACACCCAGGAAGUCCAUCCCCAGGACUUUUUGAUCAUCAGCAUUUAUGAAUGAUUGGGCCAUGAGAUUUUCCCAAGGAUGUUUUCAGAUUGGCAAAAAAAAGCAUAUUGUUUGCAGCAGGAAUUCCUAAAGACACAUCGGACUAUGGGCAUCCACAAAAGGAAGACGGUUCCACCUGAGUUGUAAGCAGAGGCCUUUCUGACUCAUUAUACUCUUAGGUGCUGCUAUCCCUGGUUCCUGAGGGAAGCUGGCCAGUUCCUCAAUCACCUAAACGCUAGAGCCGCCAGGCCACAUCUUACUCUUAAGAGAAGUUGUGGCUUGAUCCUCUACGCUCCCUAAAACGUGCACAUGCAGACCCAGUGCUGAGAGCAGCUGUCUGGAGCCAUCUAGGCUUUACAGCACUGCCUGGCCAAUGACCCCGUGUACACAGCCCGUUCUGUCCCCCAGCUCAGCACAGCAUCCAUUCCACAGUCUUUCCUCCGCUACAUGCUGGGGUCGGCACAGCACGAACACAUCACAAGCCGUCGGAUUCAUCACGGGACAGAUGAAACCCUUCCUACCCAAUGGGUAAAUGCAUUCACAUAUCAUCAAGUCAAGAAGCAAGUUAUUUAUGGCUUAUCAGUCCAGUUUUUAUUUAAUGAUCCCAUUCCAGUCAAUUGGAAAAUGUUUGAUUUGCAAUAUAUGCCUUGACUUAAUUAAGCUUGCUUGUUUUAGACGACCAAAUUAUCGGAACAGGAAAGGAUUUAGGAGAGAAGGAUACAUGAUCUAAGUGGGAUUAAAGAAAAAAAUAAAAAUCAGUGAAACUUACCCAGAAGGUGCUUUUCAGAACAACCACUGUUGUAGUUCUCAACGUUCUAUUCUGCCAAAAGAAGUUGGGAUUGCUGGAGGACAAGCAAGUGUGUGUGGAGGAAGGGGGUUGCUGAAAAUCAACAAUGAGUUUGAAAAAGUGUCCUUGUAGAUUUCAUUGUAUAAUGUGUAUUUCGUAGGAGAUGACUUGUUCUAAGCUAAGAGGUGACAUUUCAUGUUUUCAAAACCAAAAUGUUCAAUCUGUAUUAAUCUCUUUCCCAUACUAUAUGUAGAGGCUAUUUUUACAUCAUUAAAAUUUUAGAUGUCUGUUUUCAUA